AUGGCGCAACCACCGCACAAGACCUGUACUUCGCUGGGUGGUAGGGAUGUCGAGUUCUUGCAUGAGAAGCUCCCCCUGUUGCAGCAGCAUGACGGCAAGGCCUGCCACCGCCGGCGGCAUGGUUGGUGCCUGCCUUCAGCCGCCGACUAUCUUCUUUUCAAAUUUGCUAUCUUCCUCUCAGCCAUCGGCGCCCUGCUGCUUCUAGCCUAUACGACCCGCUCCCGGUCAGCUCCGACUCCCGAGCCGACGCUUGUCCGGGGCACCUCGUUCCUCGACCACGAGACACCCAUCGGUGGUUUUGCUGGCCAGACCUUCCUGAGGGACAACAUUCCUUUCAUCGACGUGCCCGACGCGCUCAUCCAGGAUGUCUAUUACUACAGGUGGACUGAGCUUCAGCGGCAUAUCCGCUAUGUCCAGGCCGGCACUGGCUACAUGUUCACCGAGUUCAUGCAGCCUGUAGGCUAUGCCAAGGCCUUUGGUUCCAUCGAUGCUGCCGCUGGCCAUCAGAUUGACGAGGCGAGGUGGCUGAGGGGUACCCAGUAUGCCGACGACUACAUCCAGCUCUUUACCAGGGGCCCCGGUGACUCGCUGCAGUACACCCAAUGGAUCUUGGAUGCCAUGAGCCGCCGCGCCAUGGUCACCGGAGACCGGCGCUUCCUGUCCACCCAGCUUGAUGACAUGAUCCGGGUCUGGCAUGAGUGGGACGGCGUCUUCGAUACGGCAGCCGGUCUGUACUACUACCAACCCGUGUGGGACGCCCAAGAACUGUCGCUGCCCGGCUUCGUCGCCGACCCCAACAAUACGGACUGGACGUUGAGGCACGAUGGCCCAGACACCUUCCGACCUAGUCAUAAUGCCUACAUGGUUGCAAACGCCAGGGCCAUUGCCAGAGCUGCGAAGCUCGCCAACGCUGGCCUUACCGAGCUCGAGUUUUCGACCCUCGCAGACACCCUAGAGUCUGCCAUGUACGAGCGGCUGUGGGCGCCCGAGCAACGCUUCUUCAUGGACAUCAUCCGCCCGGGCAACCCCAACCUGACCCGUCUGAGUGGGAGACAGCAGGUUGGACUUUUCCCCUACCGCUUUGGUAUCGGCCUGAACGAGUCAUACGCCCAGCCAGCCCUUGAUUCCAUGUUUGAUACAGAAGUGUUCCUCUCACCAUUCGGCCCGACGACUUUGGAGAUCAAAGACCCAUGGUUCAUGUGGAUGCGCCCCAACGAACUCUGUUGUUAUUGGAAUGGCAUGUCAUGGCCAUACUCGACGGGCCACACGCUCAAGUCGCUGGCCGCCAUCUACCGAGCUGGGACCACCAAUGCUACGGCGGAUCAGUACCACCAGUACCUCCAGAUGUAUGCGAGGACUCAGCAGAAGAACGGGCACCCUUAUGUUGCCGAGUCCCACUGGCCAUUCAACGAUUCAUGGAGUGCCGAUGGAUGGAACCAUUCCGAACACUAUGAUCACUCGACCAACAACGACGACGUCAUCACGGGCUUGUUCGGUAUCACGCCGCAGCAAGAUGACACCCUCCAUAUAUCACCUAUUGUUCCUGGCAACUGGACAUACUAUGCCCUCGAAAACCUUGCCUAUCAUGGACAUCUCGUCACGGUCCUAUACGACAGAGAUGGCUCACGGUACGGUGCCGGAAAGGGGUUGCAUGUCUUUGUAGAUGGGAUCAAGGUACACAGUGGUGCCAACAAGACUGCCACGGUCCCCGUCCCUCCUCCGGUAAGAUCGAGAGAGGCCCUGGUCAACAUCGCGGCGAACCCGACCGGUCCUGGACAGUACCCCAUGGCGAAUGCAACGUAUACCAAUGCCGGCGACUACUACUUUAAAGCCAUCGACGGGGUCCUCUUCUAUGAUGAUAUACCUGACAACCGGUGGACUGACUAUGGAUCUCCCAAUCCGAAUGACACGCUCACUGUCACAUUUGCCCGGCCGAGGAAUGUGUCCUCGGUGACACUGGCGCUGUACUCGGAUGUGGCACGGGGCGGAGGCAUCGACGUCCCGGCCAGCAUCGAGGUGUACGGGUCUGACGGCCUCAUCACGACCUUCAACGAUAGCUCGAAGCUUCUGCCAAACGACCGCAACCAGAUCAGCUUCGGCCCGGUCGAAACCGAGUUCCUCGCGGUCAACCUGUAUCGCAAGUCAUCGAAAACCUGGGUCGGAGUCUGCGAGCUGGAAGUCUGGACACGACCGGUCCCGGGCCCCGAGUAUUACGCCGUCGACGCAUACCUCAGCGGGGCGGAAACCCGGGUCGUUUUUGAUAACGCAUCGCAUGCGACAGCCAACGGAGCUGUGGUUGGGGGGUUGGGGUCGGAUAGUAACGUGGCCUUCUCGGGGAUCGUGUCAGAUGGCGGCCAGGCUCUCCUCACACUCAGCUACUCCAACGCCGGAAACACGACAGUGAGCCUGAGUGUCGAGGUCAAUCAGGUACCGCAGACAAGUAUCAGUCUGCUACCGUCGAAGGGUAAAUACGCCAAUGCCACUGCCGAUGUCACACUGACCGAAGGUAAGAAUUAUGUGAGCAUUCGAGGGGGGUCGGACAGUCAGAACGUCAAGCUCGAGAUUUUGAGACUGUCAUGA